AUGGUCAGUAGCCCAGCUAUUCAUGUAACUGCGACAUUGGAAGAUGAUGUGCUCUCUGUUACCACGAGUUGGACAAUAUUGAGAGACAAUAAUUGUGACGUAUACCGGAAACAAGAAACAACAAGAAGUGCUCGAGGAAUUGCCGUGGAUAUUACAAUUAGCUGUACUCAUAGAAGAGUAUGUGGAUCAGUCCGUGGUCCAGGACCAGCAGUCCCUAUCAGUUGUGACGUGUUCAAUAAAAAUAUGUGA